CCCCCCGCCCCGCCGUGACGUCAGCGUGCCGCUCGCGGGGCACGAUGGGAGAAUCCCGAUGCGCGGCGCCUUGAGGCGGCCCCGGCAGCGGCGCUCGGCGGGGGGGGGCAGCCCGGGAGGUGCCGGCGGGGGGCCGGGCCGGCGGUUGGCUGCCCGGCUCAUCCCCAGCCCGGCCGGCGGCAUGGCCCAGCCGCCCCCCUGAGGCGGCCGGAGCCGCCCCCCGAGCUGCCGCUUGCCGGCGGUAGGCGCCCCGCCGCAGCCCGCUCGACGGUGCCGGGGAGGAUGCUGCCGCGGCUGGCGCUGCCCGGCUGACGCCCCCCGCCCCGUGCCCCCGUUCCCGUUGUUCUCUCCCCCCCCCCCCCCUCCUCACCCCUUCCAUCCCCCGGCCGCUGCCGGCUCCAUGAGCGCCUCGGCCCGCCCCUGAGCUCCCCCCCCGCCCGAUGGCCGCGUCGGAAGAAGGCACCGGCUGCUUCCCCCCGCGGGGCAGGUCGCACAGCGACCCCAGCGUCCUCACCGAGCCCGCCGCUGCCGCCGCUGCCGCCGCCGGGGAGCCCGCAGAUGAGAUGGAGCAGUCCCCUGCAAUGCGUUCUGACUACUUGGUCUCAGGGAUUAGAACUCCGCCAGUGAGGAGAAACAGCAAACUGGCAACACUGGGCAGGAUCUUCAAACCGUGGAAGUGGAGGAAAAAGAAGAAUGAGAAACUAAAGCAGACCUCUGCAGUGCUGGAGAAGAAGAUGACAGCACGACAAGGUCGGGAUGAACUCAUUAAGAAAGGCCUUCUGGAGAUGAUGGAGCAGGAUACUGAAGGCAAAGCCUGCACUGGUGAUGAUGCCACAAGAGCAACGCAGAGUGACCCUCCAGCUCCUGUGUGCCAGGCACUUGACUCUGAAGAGAUGCAGCAAGAGAGUACGACGGCAGCCACAACAAAUGUGACCUCCCUUGGUGAGGAGCUGCAUUUGGAUGAGCUGAAAGAAGAUGCAGCCAAGAAACCUUCAGCACCCGUGGAAGAAUUAGAAGAUGCCAGUCUGCCAGCAUCUGAAGACAGUCCACAAGCCUUACUCAUUUCUGAAUCCACAGACUCUCCCCAGAAGGGGACAGAAAGAAACCCAGCACAGCUUCCCAGCCCUCCAUUGCUCCCAGCUCCACCGCCUAAGGUGAUCUCCAAAAUCACCAAGAGUCUAACAGGAAGCGACACGGAUGACCCAGCCAUGAAAUCUCCUCCUUCCACUAUCCUGAAGAAUUACGUAAUUGUCGGUUCCUCCCAAAUCUCAGGACAAGCUGCUCUCUUCCAUCCCUCUGGCCAGAAAAGCUCUGAUCCCCAUGUCAGAGGACAGGUAACAACACCGACUGGCUCCCCUCACCUGGCUGCCGUCCACCUGCCUUUACCUCCCAGCAGAGUCAUUGAAGAACUGCACAGAGCUCUGGCCACCAAACACCGGCAGGACAGCUUCCACGGAAGAGAAAGCAAAGGCUCUCCAAAAAAAAGAGUGGAUGUCCGUCCAUCCAGAACGUCUAGCAUGGAGCGCAACAAAGAAAAGGAGAACUCACUGGGUUAUAGCAGUGACUCAGAAAAUAAGCGUAACUCAGUUAAAGAGUCUGAUGAGAACAAAGAAAACAUGAUCAUGAACUCAGAGCUCAAGGAAGACUCUGUUUUUUAUCAGGAUGAAGAAGUCUUGAAUGACUCCAUUAUUUCUGGUACUUUGCCAAGAAAAUGCAAGAAAGAACUGCUGGCAGUAAAACUACGAAACAGACCGAGUAAGCAGGAGCUGGAAGACAGGAAUAUUUUCCCAAGGAGGACAGAUGAGGAAAGACAGGAAAUCCGGCAGCAAAUUGAAAUGAAGCUCUCAAAGCGACUCAGCCAAAGACCUGCUGUUGAAGAGCUAGAAAGAAGAAAUAUACUUAAACAACGAAAUGAUCAAACAGAACAGGAAGAAAGGAGGGAAAUCAAACAGAGACUGACAAGAAAGCUUAAUCAGCGACCUACAGUUGACGAACUCAGAGACAGAAAAAUCCUGAUUCGAUUCAGUGAUUAUGUAGAAGUGGCAAAAGCACAGGACUACGACAGGCGAGCAGAUAAACCAUGGACAAGACUAUCAGCAGCUGAUAAGGCAGCAAUUCGGAAAGAGCUAAAUGAAUACAAAAGUAAUGAAAUGGAGGUACAUGCAUCAAGCAAACAUUUGACAAGAUUUCACAGGCCAUAGAAAUUUUCUUCUGAGAAGAAUCUGUCUACUUUUUGAUACUGCUGCUGAACACACAUCAGGGAACGUAUGAGCCCUUCCCUAAAGUUCAGUCCAGGAUACCUUGAUGUUUAUGCGAAAGGUGGACUCUGCAGAUGAAAACUCUGCAGCACUUACAUAGAGAAAGAAACACCAGAGAUGAACUUCACUCUGAAGCCAGAAGAGUGAUGGCCUGUGGAGUGAGAUGAUCAGCUGAGAAAGACUGAAUGAAGUAAAGCUACUUGAAAGAACCUACUACUCUCCUUUACCACUUGUUUCAAACUGUUUUGCAGCCUAUCAUGGUAAAGGAGAUGUUGUGCAUGUACAGGCUUUACCAUUCCAAGGCCUCUGACAUAAAUGGACAUGACACACUGUCAUUCAGUAUUACGAUGACAAGACAUUUGGAACUUACCACAAUUAGUUUGUAAAACACUUAAGUUCAUGUUCUAAAAACUAAUUUAAUGUAUUAUAAUUUCAUUCUUUUUUUAUAUAAUGUCUAACACAGCUGCAAGCAUUUUUGACUCCUGUUACUUUUGUUCUUUAAUUAAAUGACUACUUAUUGCAGGAAAUGAACAUGUUUCCUAAAGCUGUUUUUUUUCCCAGGGACAGUUGGGAAGGGAAGAGAUUGCAAUUAUUAUGUACCAGAUCAUAUCACUUCUUUAUCGACAGUCUUCAAAAAGAUGAUUUUAACUAAGAUUUCCAUUUUAUGCAAUACUGAUGUUUUGUACCAAGUCCUUUGAAUGUGCAUAACGUGAUCGUCAUUUACACUAGCUGAAGUUCUGGCCCACUGAAGAAUUACAAUUAAGUUCACUGAUAUUCUUAUUAAAAAAUUACUAAAUUGGAUAACCAUACAUAAACAGUUUAUGUAAAAAUGUACUUUCAUGUUUAGUAAACAAAUUAAUGUCAAUGUUUUUUAUUAAUGGAAAUGUAUAUAUAGUUCAAGGAUUUCUUGAUAGUGAGAGGAAAGAAGUUACUUGAUGGUAAUAACAAAGAGAAUUGGUUUAGAAAAAUAUAAACCAGACACUUCUAAUAAUGCUUGACAUCUAGAAGCACCUAAGAAUUCUUUUCAAAAUACUUCUAGAAGGAAAAAGUUAGAAAAUAAUACAGGUAUCUGGAAAGCAUGCCUUACGAGACAAUGACAAAACGGAGCAAGUUCCUAAGACAAAAACUUCUCUGCAAGAGUUUUAAAUGACAUCCCUUUAGGAAGUCGUUAAGUGUCAAAAAAUCUGAAAAAGGAGCUUUGUUAAGAUGAUCUCCAAGAAGCAUGAAAAUAAUCCAGAAAAUAAAGGUAUGUAAAAUUGUUUGUAUAGAAUACUACUAAAUUGCUGCAAGCUGGUGAAUAGAAUCAGUGCAAACAGUGGAUGCAAUUUCUGUUCUCUUCGGUGCUCAAUGAGGGGACGCAAGAACAAAAAUAGCAUUACAUUUUCAGCAAAUUAACAUUUACAAGUGGAAGGUAAGAACAUACAGUACGACAAAAUAUUUCAAUAAGGACAAUGCUUGAAGAAAUUGAUGAAUCAGGGGAGGUAUCAUGUUUAGGACCAACAAAGUCGACAUUGAUAAUUUACCUUGCUCUGUAGCUAGCUGUAAUUUUUGUACAACUUUUUAAUGUUUGACUUGCAUAUCAGUUUAAGACUUGAAUCACUGAAUUACUUAAUCCAAAGAUUUUUUUUCUAUUAAUUGCAGUUUUAUAACUUGGCUUUUCACAGAAAUAUGUAACAUCGUAACUAGCCUUUUAACAUACCUUUAAUUAUAUUUAUCAACAAUUUUUAUUAAUAGAAUAUUUAUUAACAAUAUAACAUGUAAAAUACAAAAAGGGUAAAAAGAACUGGGAGAAAUGUUUCUUAGGCAGAACAACCAUUUUUAGCUUAGAAACUGUAGAUGACUCACUGUUAACUACAAAGUUGGCUAAUAAUCCAUGAAGGUAACACUCCUAUUUAGCACAGACUAGCAGACUUUCCUUGAUAACAAAAUGUAUAAAAUACAUCAAAAUUAUGUUUAAAAAAUGUAAUAAAAUAUUUUAAGGGUA